UAAUCCAUUCGAUUAUUGUUUUAGCUCAAAUGGGCAUGAGAAGCCAUUCUUCUCGGAAGCAGUGCUUUCAACAGAGUUACGUCUUGGGAGGUACUCGUGUUAUUUGAAUUUUGCUUUUCAUUCGUUGUGUAUACUACUCACGUAAAAUGAGUCAUCACGAAGAAGACUUGUCAUAUGUUGAAAAGUAUCGUUAUUUUCCUUUGAUCGAAACGGUACACAAGUAUUAUGGAGGAACUAACCAUAAGGAACGCUUUGAAAGCGCCAGCACGAAGGUGACCUUGUUAGGUAUCGCAAGAUUCGUAGAGUGGCAGCUUAGUUCGUUGGGCUACAAGUGCAACAGUACCGCAGAAGAUUUCGAACAAAAACUCGGGAAAGAUUUCUGUAGCUUGAUUGGAGAUUUCUAUGCCAUCCACGUCAAACCCGUUGUAUUGUGCGAAGAAGAAACAGUCGAAGAGACAGACAGCCUAGUCCCGUCAACUUAUGAUAGCAGCAGCUCCGAAGACGACUUUGACAAAAAAGGCAGAAGGUUCAAUCAGUGCCCAGAUUACCAAGUGCCCUCGUUGCAAGUAAGUGAGAAAGCUGGAAUCAAAAGCAAGAGACCUCUCUCUGACUCUGCAGCUGAAAUAUGCAAGACUGGUAUUGCGUCUACGAAGUAUAGAGGAGAUACAGAGAUCUCAUUUGCACGCAUAUUUCAGCUGGGUACUGUCAGUCAACCCCUAGACUCAGAAGUUCCUCCAGAUGCGCCAUAUGAUGGCCCUCCCGUUCUUACUAUGUCAGGGUUUGGUGAACUUGGAAGAUUUGGUAACCAAGUUAUUCAAUAUAUGUUUCUGAAAUGUUGCGCAAUGGUUCAUCAAACAUCUGUUCAGAUUCCUCCUUGGAUAGGAGAAUCGCUAUUUUGCAUUAGGGACAGUAGAAUUGUCAGAAGGUUUCCUGCCGUGGUGGAAUGUUCGCAUAUGAAGGCAAAUUCCACUUUUACGGAUACAUUCAUGAACUAUAUAAAAGUUUCUAACAAUGGGAGAGAUGUUAGAGAAGUUGGCCCGGAUAUUCUCUUGAACAAAGGCUGUCACUCAGAUAGAUUGUUGAACGUUGAUGUCUGGGGGUGGUUUCAAUGGCAUACAAGCAUUUAUAGACCUUUUCGAUCGUUCAUCAGUAAUUUGUUUCGUGUAAAACCCGACCUGAAAGCAUUUCUCGAUUCAGAGAUUGAGAAGAAGCUUUGUCGUCUGGAUAGUUCAGCUACUUUGGUUGGUGUCCACAUUCGACUGGGAGACUACAAAGAUAUUUCGGCAAGCUCAUUUGGUUAUUGCGCUCCAACCAAAUGGUAUCUUGAAUGGUUAGAUUCUAUAUGGCCGAAGUUGAAGAAUCCCGUUCUCUUUAUUGCCUCUGACGAGAUUGAUGUUGUGGAAAGAGACUUUGCCUUGUAUAACCCCAAGACAUGCCGUUCUCUUGGUCUAGAAAUGCCAAAAGAUUAUCAGGGCCUUGGGGCGGACUUUUUUCCAGACUGGUAUAUUCUUACGCAGUGUAACAUUUUAGCUAUUAGCAAUUCUACAUUCAGUUUCACGACUUGUCUGCUGAACCAACGGGAGAAUGCCAAAUUCUACAGAGCUCAUUAUGCCGACCGUAUUGUGGAAAUUAGUCCCUGGAACACCGAUCCUAUCGUUCAUAGAGAACCUUGUAACUCUAUGUUGAUGAACGUGUUGAACACCAUACAGUUAGUUUAUGAGCAGCAAGGUACCAAAGCAGCUUUCAAAAAUGUCUUUUUACACCUUCCUUUGUAUGGAAUCCGUUCUCUGAUCAUGCGGACAGUCUUGAGCCUCAAAAGAGAAGAUUGGCGUAAAGGCUUUUUAGAUUCGUGUCUUUUUAGGAAACGCAAGUUAAAGGAAACCUUUGCAAGUGAGGAACACCAAGCCAAAAGAUCAAAAGUCCUGAAAUGACGCUUCAUUUUAUACUGUAGUUAUCCACUUUGCAAACAAUUUUGGGAUAAAACAGGGAAUCUCCUUUUUCUUUCAAUCCAGAGAAUAUUUGAUGCGUUUUUUAUAUAGUCUUUGUAGUCAACUAGUGUUGACUUGUCACUCCUGCACAGUACGUUCACCACCUUUGUAUCUCAGUGUCCAAGGAAGGUAGUUGAUGUAAUAUAUUGUUUAUAUAGGAGAUUUUUCAACAUCGGUCCUUCCGUUUGGUUUCCACACACCAGUCAAGACAGCCACAGUUUCAAGCUCCACGUUGUAGAGGGAUGGAAGGUACAUAACCACAACAUUGAAGACGCAUCAAAAUAAUCACUUAUCAAGUAUUUUCAUAGUAGCAGAACAGGGCCAAAAUGAGACAAGUCAGUCGCUCUUCAAAAUUUGGGAAUGUUUCUGCCAAAAAAUUCGAAAUCUUAUUAGGAGAUGUCUAAACUCCUGUGCAUCUCUUCGCGACUUCAUCUCUUUUGAAACCCUUGUAGCCUCAAUCACAAGUUGAAAGAGUGAGCUUACCGAACCUUGGUGUCAUCGCAAGCAAGCUGUAGAUGUUGCUUCAUGAGUUGCUAUUCUAGGCAUUCUCAUCUUCUUAGGGUGAAAUGAAUAUUUGAUAUCCUCUUUCGCAGUCAAAUGUACAAGAUCAUAACGAGCAGAUAAAUAACACUAUAUCCUC